GGCCAAGGCGCCGGGCGCCCGCAGAGGUCAAGGGCAGCGCCCGAGGCCCCAGGGACCGAGGAGGGCACUGGGUCCCUCAAGGAGACGCCGUCCUCGGCUCAUGAUCGCUACCACCGGCUGGGCCCACGCGCGCGCUCCCUCGGGUCGGCCUGCUUCCGGUCCUGCGGGCGGAAGCUUCGCCGCGUCCAAUCCGCGUUCCCCGCACGGGCUCGCACGGGGGGCGCCGGGCGGCGCGUGCGUGCUGCGGGGCGCACUCUGACCCGGAGACGACCUCCCCGCUCCCUCCCUGUGAAGAUGGCGCUGUCCAGGGUGUGCUGGGCUCGGGCUGCUCUGUGGGGUUCGGCCGUCGCUCCUGGACCCUUUGUCACCCGGAGGCUGCAGCUGGGCCGCUCUGGCCCCGCGUGGCGAGCCCCUCGGUCUUCAAAGCUUCACCUCUCUCCAAAGGCGGACGUGAAGAACUUGAUUUCUUAUGUGGUGACCAAGACAAGAGCGAUUAACGGAACGUACCAUCGUUUCUUGGGGCGUCAUUUCCCCCGCUUCUAUGCCUUAUACACAACCUUCAUGAAAGGAAUACAGAUGUUAUGGGCUGAUGGCAAAAAGGCUAGAAGAAUAAAGGCAGACAUGUGGAAACAAAAUCUAAAGUUUCAUCAACUCUCUUACCGGGAGAUGGAGCAUUUGAGACAGUUCCGACGAGAUAUCACCAAGUGUCUCUUCGUGGGCCUCAUCUCUAUCCCGCCCUUUGCCAACUACCUGGUCUUCCUGCUAAUGUACCUGUUUCCUAGGCAACUGCUUGUCAAGCAUUUCUGGACGCCCAAACAACAAAUUGAUUUCUUGGACAUUUAUCAUGGUCUCAGGAGGCGGUCCCACUCGGCAAUCAUCACACAUCUAAGAAGGGCCAGCGCUUUUGUUUCUCAUGAGAAGCUCCGGUGGCAUCUGACAGACCUGUGCACCAAGGUGCAGAAUGGCACCCACCCAACAGCACACGACAUCCUGGCCCUCAGAGACUGCUUCUCCUCCUAUCCCUUGGGCCUCAGCCAGCUCCAGGCUUCUCAAAUGAGAGCCUUGAGUCAGGCCCUGCUCCUCACUCCUUACCUGCCUCCGCCCUUGCUGAGAUGGCGUCUGAGGAGCCACACCACUGUGCUUCACCAGCUGGACCGCGCUCUGGCAAAGCUAGGGGUUAGCCAGCUGACCACCCAGGAAGUGAGAUCGGCUUGCUAUCUUCGUGGCUUGAACUCUAACCACAUUGCUGACGACAGGUGUCGAACCUGGCUGGGGGAAUGGUUGCACAUCUCCUGCAGCCUGAAAGAACCUGAGCUGUCCCUCUUGCUGCACAACGUGGUCCUGCUCUCCACCAACUACCUUGAGACAAGGCGCUGAGCCACGGAAGGGAUGCAGUGUCCUGCAGUCUUCCUGCAGCCGCGUAGUGUAGUGGUGUGGGACCAAGGAGCACUUACCAGCGCCUGUGUGCACCGCUAGUGUGGGAGGCAGAGGAGCACGCUACCCAUCUGGGAGCUAUAGACAUUCCUUCACAGCUUGAACCUAACAAGCCCUGCGCUGCCAUCCCCUUAUGCUAACCUGGGGCUGGCAAGCACCUCUACCUGGUACUAGACUUUUACUGUGAUGUAAUCCUAUAAAGUCAGCAUUUGCCCAGGUGGGAAUCAUGUGGCCUAAAACUCACGACUGCCAUGUUUUUGUUUUUGUCUUUGUUUUGAGAUGAGUCUAUGUUGCCUGGGCUGGCCUCAGAUUCCUGUGCUCAAAGGAUCCUCCUGCUCCCGGCUCGGGUGCUGGGGUGGCACGUCCAGAUCGUACCGGCCUCACUGCCAUGCUCUCUCCUGCAUCCCGUGUAGCUGCGGAGGACCUGGAAAUCAAAUCUGGUCUUCCCACUUCCACCCCCUAGGUGCUGGGACACGGGCAUGCAGCUCCACAGAGCUCUGGGGUGUUGUCUGGGAAACUAGGUGAGUGCUCCUCACUGAGUCUUCUGCACUAGAGAUCUCUGGUGCCCAGAACAGUGCAGCUUAGCCUGGAGUGAGGGCACCUGUGCCUGGCCCUGGCCACGCCCUGGCAGCGACUCUUCUUACACACACCCCUUUUCUUUUGUUGGCCUUUUUGAGUCUUACUAUGUAACCCAGGCUGGCCUUUGAUUCCUGGCAAUCCUGACAAUUCUGCCACAGCCUCCUGGGGACUGAAAAUAAGCAUGAGCCACACCCAUCCUUUCUGGUGAGACCAAAAGUAGGGGUGUUUUCCCCAUCACUAUCAUGGACUAACUUCUACCCCUCCUCUCAGUAUUCUCUGGAUGCUUUUUUUUUUUUAAGUAAUUUAUGGGAACAUUCAAAGGAGGUGUGAAGAAAGAAUGGCUGCUGGCCCCUCCCUGCGUUUGUUCCCAGCGUCUUACUUUCCAGGCUGUGUCACAGCCCCUGAGGACCUUACAUGUUUGCUACCUCCGCUGUGUUACACGAGGCCCUCACUGUAACCAGCAGUGGCCGCCUUCUCUAGGCUGUGGGUCAAAACGCACAAGGUACUAAUUACUGCCCAGCCCUGGGAGACCAGAUUUGCACCGAGAUAGUAAGUUGGGCUUAACUGCUGUGUGUCCAUCUAUGCCCUGUCGUUUUGUAAUAAUUUACUGUAAAUGCAUGAAGCACUGUUUUUAAACCCAAGUAAAGACUGCCUGAAACCA